AGGUAAUAAGAUCUGACAUUCCUGGAAAAUAUGAGAACGGGAGGUGCGACGAGAUAUAAAGGGUUUCCUCCUUCUAUGUCUGAAAAGUUAGAAGAUGAACCCUCGAUUUCGCUUCGUCAGCUUAUGGCUAACGAAGGAAUCAUUCCGUCUCUUGAAGACCGGGAGAAACGAAGAGUUGUUAUUGAUAGGCUACGAAUGAUAGUGGUAAGAUGGGUUAAGACUGUUGCCUGGAAACGCCGUCUUCCUCAACAUCAGAUUGACGCCACCAACGCCACCAUUAUUGCUUAUGGUUCUUAUGGUCUUGGGGUUUAUGGUUCUGAAUCAGACAUUGACGCUCUGUUGAUUGGUCCUUUCUUUGCGUCUAUGGCUGAGGAUUUUUUCAUCGGCUUGCGUGAUAUGUUGAUAACUAGACGAGAAGUUUCUGAGGUUCAUUGUGUUAAAGAUGCGAAAGUUCCUCUGAUCCGCUUUAAGUUUGAUGGGAUCUUGGUUGAUCUUCCAUAUGCUCAGCUUAGAGUAUUAUCCGUUCCACACAAUGUAGAUGUGCUUAAUCCUUUCUUUCUGAGGGAUAUUGAUGAGACAAGUUGGAAAAGCUUGUCUGGAGUUCGUGCUAAUAAAUUCAUUCUUCAAUUAGUGCCUUCCUUGGAGCUAUUCCAAUCAUUGCUGCGGUGUGUCAAAUUAUGGGCAAAGAGGCGAGGUGUAUACGGUAACUUGAAUGGCUUCCUAGGGGGAGUUCAUAUGGCUGUUCUUGCUGCAUUUGUCUGUGGAUAUGAACGGAAUGCUACACUGAGUUCCCUUCUGGCAAAUUUCUUCAACACAUUUGCUCAUUGGCAAUGGCCUAUACCGGUGAUGCUGCUAGAUGAUACUUAUCCAGCUACUGGCUCUCCACCAGGGUUAAUGCCCAUCCAAUUGCCGUGCGGUCCACAUCAAUUCUGCAACUCUAACAUAACAAGAAGCACAUUUUACAAAAUUAUGGCAGAGUUUCUACGAGGGCAUAAUGUGACAAAGGAUUACUUGAACCCUAACUUCAGUUGGAAGAAUUUGUUUGAGCCAUAUCCAUAUGCAAACACAUACACGUGGUUCACCAAGAUACACCUCUCGGCUGCUAAUCAGGAAGAUCUCAGUAAUUGGGUUGGUUGGGUUAAGUCACGUUUCCGUUGUCUUCUGCUCAAGAUAGAGGAAGUCUAUGGCUUUUGCGACCCAAACCCAACAGAGUAUGUCGAAACCUAUGCAAAGCAGCCAAACAUUGUGUUUUACUGGGGACUACAGCUCAGAACAAUAAAUGUUUCAGACAUUGAAUCUGUGGAGACAAACUUUCUGAAGAACCUUAACAGUGGAAGCUUCCAGGGACCAGUUGGUAGAAUCCAUUUAUCGGUUGUGAAAGCGUCCCAGCUGCCUAGGAAUAGUGAUUGUGCUAGCGACAACAGAAGCAAGAAGGUGACAAGGACUUGUUGGAGAAUCAGAAUCCGGGAAGAUAAGCAACAAUGCAAGAAUGUACCGGUUUACUCAAAGCAUUUGCCUGGUUAUGUGGUUGGGUAUGAGAAGAUACAUCACAGAGAGGAUGAGGGCACGGAGGUUUAGUGUUAGGCUUGUGUUAGUAAUGAUGGUUUUGUUUCUUAAAACUCUUUCGUCUGAGUUUUGAGCAUUUGGCGGUUAAGUGUGUGCCUGUGAGUAGAGGUGUUUGUUUGCAGGAAGAAAUUAGUUUUGUCUUUUCACUUUCUAAUUUGUAAAUGUCCCCUGACCAAAUCCAGUUGUUAUACUUUCUCAGUUAGUUUCCUUUGACAUAAAAUGAUAAGAUUUGAAACAAGAGACAAAGAGUCAUUCUUCAACACAGUUGCAUACACCAAAAGAACACAGGCAUUCCCAAAAAAAAAAAAACAUCAAAAUCACAAG